AUGAUAGCUGUAGCUAGACACUGGGUUCUUGUUGUUGUCGUGUUGGUUGCUCUUCGCCAUGGUGCGAUGCUGUUGGUUGCGGCGCGGAGCGUCUCAUGCCAUGCUGCGGAUGACCUGCGGAAGACCUGCGGAAUCGAAUCGAAUCGAUUCGUGAUUGAAGUUCGAUUUUCAAUCUUCCAAGAUUUGGCGGGACUCGACCCAGUCCAGUUCAGUCGAGUGAAGAGUCCGUCGGCCACACGGCCUACCGGUACAUGUACCACCACACCUAUCCGUACCGGUACCGGACCUCUUGCCGCGGUGCGGUCUCGAGAAUUCAAACAGUAA